UGCGCAGAGGGCGCGCGCCGUUCUCUCCUCGCGGGGCUCUUCCGCCCGCCAGCCAGCCAGUCAGCGUUCGGCGUCCAUGAUGAGCGGAGGCCUGGGCGGCUUGACGGCGGAGCAGCAGCUCCAGCAACGGCUCCUCCGCAGCCGGCUGCGGUCCUCGCAGCUCCACCUGGGCGGAGGCGGCGGGGGAGGAGGAGGAGGCCUCGGGGUGGGCGUCGGCGGCGGGGCCGGGGUGAGCCUGCUGAUGGGCGGCCCUCUUCCGGCGCCGCUCCUCUCUCCGCCUUCCCCGCCGGACUCCCCUCCGCCGGGCACCACUCCGGCCGAGAUCCCCGCGGGGCCGCGCUACCCGAGCGAGACGUGGUGCUCCUUCUGCCGCGUCUACUGCCCGGACCCGAUCUGCCUGCCCUGCGGCCACAACUUCUGCACGGCCUGCAUCGGGCAGCGCCUCGGCGAGCCCAAGCUCAACAUCUCCUGCCUGGAGUGCGGCGCCACCUCCCGGAAGAGGAACCUGCGGCCCAUUAAGCCGCCGCCGCUGCUGGCCAGCCUGGUCGCCCCGGAGAGGCCCAAGCGGCAGAGGGUCGAGGCCGCGCCGCCGCCGCCGCCCCCUCCACCGCAGCCGCUUCCCAUGGCUCCUCUGGCGCCCAUCAUCGCUCCCGCCCCUUCGCCGCCGCCCCCGCCGAGAGCGGCCACCCCUCCGCCGCCGACCACGCCGCCCAAGGCCUUGCCCUCGGCCCCCGCCACCCCCGACGUCUCCCCAACCGCCGUCGCCGUGGAGACCGUUGCCAUGACAGCGGCCGCGGCGGCGGCGGCUUUCCGAAGGGCGCCCCUGACGCCCGGAAGCGGAGGCAGCGGAGAUGGGGGCAGCCCCGGAGGGCGGCUCUGCGAGAAGCACCAGGCCGUGCUCCAGUUCUUCUGCGAGGAGGACCAGGCCCCCAUCUGCGCCCACUGCGACCGCUCCGAGGAGCACCGCGCCCACACCAUCUUCCACGUCGAGAGGGCCGCCCGCGACUAUCGGGAGCGGGUUCAAAAACAACUAGAGCUUCUGAAGCAGGAGAAGAACACCCUAUCGAGUCAGAAGCUGACAGGAGAGAGGAAAAUCCAGGAAUACAUGGAGAAGGUCCAGACAGAGAGACAGGAGAUUGUGUCUGAGUUUGAGCACCUGCAUCAGUUUUUGAAAGACCAGGAACAGCUGCUCCUGACCCAACUGGAAGAAAUACGUAAAGAGAUAGAAAGCCGGAAAGACGAUAUGGUCACCAAACUCUCAGAAGAGCUGUCCCGUCUUGGUGAUGUAAUCACUGAGAUGGAGGCAAAAUGUAAACAGCCGGCCAGUGAAUUUUUGCAGGAUAUUAAAACGAACAUGAACAGAUGUGUAGCACAACAGUUUCAGCUCUCAGAAGAAGCUUCUAAGCUUGAAAGCAGAUUGGAUGACGUCUCAAGGAAAGGGGAAGCUUUGAAGGAAACACUAAAGAGAUUCCAAGAUAAUAUGAUAUAUGCUGUGGAGAAAGGAGAGAUGAGAACACUGAAUGAUAAAGCAGAUGCGAUGAGACAAUGGAUGGCGAGGUGUGGACAAUCCCAUCGUAAGCUGCCUGCUUUGCAGUAUGUCCCCGAGGUGCCCAAAGAGUUGGAUUCCACAGCUUUGGUUCUGGGCUGUGAUGGUUUCACUUCUGGGAGAUACUUUUGGGAAUUGGAAGUGGGCGAUGGAGAAUUCUGGGCAUUGGGGGUCACUCGGGACCCUUCCAAGAAGGGGGGGAUGGUAGACUUCAGCCCAGAAGAGGGGAUCUGGGCUGUGGGGCUGUGGAAGGGGCAGCAUUGGGCUCUCACUUCUCCUGUGACUGCCCUGUCCCUUAGCAAGCCCCCCAGAAGGAUCCGUGUGUCCCUGGACUAUGUAGGGGAAUGUGUGACUUUUACGGACGCAGACACAGAAGACCCCAUCUUCACAUUCCCUCCAGCAUCUUUCAAUGGGACGCGCACCCAUCCUUUGCUGUGGGUUGUUGGGUUCCCAGCUGAGGCAGUAUUUCUGAGGCGCAUGGGGGUGAAAUACCCAACUGCACUCCAUGAAAUGGAUGUCCUUGGUCCAUGAGUUUUAACUUCUUUCUGUGGGCUCAGUGAAGGAAACGCCAGUUCUAACCUACUGGAGUAGAUAGUUGAGCUAUUUGGGGAGAGGAAAAUAGGAAGUCUAGAGGUUUAUAUAACAAAACAAACCUCUACCUCAUCAAUUGGAGAAUGUGAAGAGGCAGAGGAGGAGGCAGAAAAGCUCCCCUUACUCCACAGCCUUAUGAUGAUUUACUUUACAUGAGAAGGAUAUGUAGGCCUUGACAAACAGCAUCACUGUUAGGUUAUCUUGAUUUCUACAAAGGGGUUGUCAUGAUGCCUUUUGUGUAGUAAGAUGAAUCUUGCUUGAUUGGAAAAAAUGUUCUACUUCUAGCUAUUAAAAUUUUGAAAUUU